GUGCUCCUGCUCAUCGUGGCCGACCUUGGCACAGGGCACGAACACGCCAUCAUGCUGUACAGGAUGCUGGACUGCUUCAUACGUUCAUGGAGGAGCGCUGAGGCCCAGGGGGUGGGAAUAAGGCCCGCCUCCAGCUUGGGCUGUUUCCUAUACUACCAGUCCCACUUGUAAGUCGUCCCGCUACGGCGCAUAUUUACAACCCGGCCCUCGACGAAGUACUACUACUAGUGGUACUAGUCGGGCCACGGAACCAAAGCUCACACCCAAAUCCUAGGAUCUCUUUCUUUGCCCGCCCCGCCCUCGCCGAGUCAGGGGCAGUCAAGCACUUCACUCAGGUCUUAGCAGAUCCCCUGACAAGCCUCGAACAAUAUGCACCUCGCCAGCGGCACAAGUGGCCCCUCCCUCGCUCUAUGGGAGUUAUCGGACUCCGAGGAGAGACAAGUAGGACUAGUACUACUUGCAUCCCUGGCAGCAGCAGCAGCGCCGCAGCAGCGGACAACGAGAGCGCCAUAGUUCCCGCACUCUCCCUCUACGAGAGCAUAUGGCGCUGCGCGGUAGAGAUGUACAUCCUUCGCGCCAACUGUCCCGACACCACCACUACUACCACUAGUACUAGUAGUACUCAACAAGAACCCGCAGAGCAGCAGCAAUACACCGCCAUUCUUCUCAGGACGACCGCCCAUCUGCGCAGCCUGUUCGAGCAGCUGGAUCUGUCGGCCGCCGGCGCGCACACAAUCGUGUUGCCCGCAUUCGUCGGCGCGGCCGAGGCGCGGAGCGAGCAUGAUUGCGACCUCUUCGUCGCCGUGUUGAACAGUAUCGCCGAAGAGAUGGGCUACGGGAAUGUCGUGCAGGGCGUCGCGGCGCUGCCAAGGCUGUGGGAGAGACGCGCAGGCGGGAAGCGGUGGACGGCUGUGUUGCCUAGCCUUGGAAUUUUGAUUAUGUGAAGGGAGGUCUGUUCGCUCGUCCCAAAUCGGCCACUAUCUCCGUGGAGCAGCAAUUCUUCAAGUCCGAGUCGCUUCACAUGCACAAUGGUGUGUGCCUGCUCGAUCA